CCGCCCCCCCCCCCCUUUCUGUCCCACCGGCCCCGCCGCCUCUCCUUUGCCUCGCCUCGUCGCCCGAAAAGACGCCAUCAUGGCCUGGUCGCCGCGGGCACUGCUGCUGUUGCUGCUCUUGGCAGCCUGCUGGCUUGCCCUGCCGGCCAAGCCGGCCACUGGGCUGCCGACCCCGGCCCAGUCGCCCACCCACCCUCCGGGCCUGCUCCUACGCUCUUCCUCUGGCCCAGGCUUGACCGUCGCAUGCCACGAAUCGUGCCUCGACUGCAGUGGCCCCGCCAUCGACCAAUGCACCCGAUGCGCCAAGAUCCUCCUCAACGGCCGGUGCAUUGACGCCUGCCCACCGACGCACUACGAAGCCAACGAAGGAUCCCUGUGCCUGGCCUGCCCGACCUUUUGCGCCGACAUCGGCUGCAACCCCUUCGGCAGGCACCCGACGCCCGACUAUGACGGACCCUGUGGCAGGUGCCUCUCCGAGCCAACCCUCCAUCCUACCUGCCUCCCCCCACACGACCGCUGUCCCCACGGCCAGUAUGCCCCGGCCACCGGGCCUUGCGCUCCGUGCCACCCCCACUGCGCGGCCUGCACCGGGCCCAAGUCCACCGACUGCACCCUCUGCCAGUCGGGAACCAUCCGCCUCCCUUCCGGCGCAUGUGCCUUCCCCUGUCCGGAGGGGCUCUCCACCUUUGCCCACUCGCCGAAUGGCGCCUGCGAGCCCUGCCACCACACGUGCACUCGCUGCACCGGCCCCUCGGCCAACCAAUGCACGGCCUGCCUGCCUGGGCUCCUGCUCGAUCAGGCCACCGGCCAAUGCCUCCCACCGGCAGCCUGCCCGCCCGGGACCUAUCGCCACUCCACCAAUCCGACCGUCUGCCGGAGCUGCCAUGCCAGCUGCGGCGAAUGCCGCGGCCCGUCGGCCGACCAGUGCACCCUCUGCACCGACGACAAGACCCUGCUCGCCGGGCGCUGCCAUGAUGGCUGCCCCCCCGGCCACUUUUGCUACCUGCCGGAGCUGCUAGACCAGCGGCUUGCCCGGGCCUGCCACCCCUCAUGCGCCACAUGCUCCGGCACGGAGCCCGACCAAUGCACCUCCUGCCCGACGGGCCAGCCCCCGGUGCAGGACCAGUGCAAGCACCACUGCCCGGCCGGGCUCUUCCCCACGCCGGAUGCCCAGCCCGGCGCCUGCACCCCCUGUCACCCCUCCUGCGACACGUGCUCCGGCCCGGCAGCCAACCACUGCACCACCUGCCCCGGGGGCAUCCCACUCCAGGAGGGCACCUGCGUCAAUGUCUGCGGCUCGGGCUUCUACCUGAGCGACGACUUCGCCGCGGUCCCCAUCUGUCAGCCCUGCCAUCCGAAGUGCCGCGAAUGCACCUCCGGCACCGGCGACACCUGCACCGCCUGCCCCGAUGGGUGGCUCCUGGAGGCGGGCCACUGCGUCACCGCAUGCAGUCCGACAUUCUACCCGCGCCUGCUCGGCAAUGGCCGCGACUCCUGCCAGGAAUGCCACGCGCCCUGCCAAGAGUGCCGGGCCCCGGGCCAGUGCACCGCCUGCCGCGAGGGCUUCUGGCCGGACACCGAAGACCCGGGCGCCGGCCCCGACCCCCAUGUCUUCCGCUGCCAGCCCUGCCAGACCGAUUCCACCUGUCGCCAGUGCGACCGUCUCCGGCCGGACGUGUGCCUCAAGUGCCAGGACGGCCUCUUCCUCCACAAUGGCUCCUGCCCUGUCGGCUGCCCCGCGGGCAUGUACGAGUCCCUGGCCGAUGGCCGGUGUCUCCCCUGCUCGGCCGGCUGUGCCCAGUGCUCCUCCGCCGACCAAUGCACCGGGUGCCUGGACGGGCCCUUCUUCCUGGACGACGGCGUCUGCCGGCUGUGCAAUGCCUCCUGCCUCAAAUGCUCCACUGCCGAUGAGUGUCUCGAGUGCGCGCCGGGCUUUGUCUGGCCCAGCUUCGAGCUCCAGCGCGCGGCCCUCUGCACGGACGCCUGCCCGGUGGGCUCCUUCCGCCAGACCGACUGGUGCCAGCCAUGUCACGCCACCUGUGCCGAGUGCGCCGACGCCGCGCACAUCUGCACGGCAUGCAGCCAGGGUCACCGGUUCUCCGGGCCCGGGGUGUGCUCGGCAUGCCCGGCCUCCGGGGCCCGGCCCUGUGCCCUGUGCCCGCCCGGCGGCGGCGGGGCCUGCCUGCAGUGUGCCCCCGGCGGGCUGCUCACCCCGGACGGCCGGUGCGAGGACCAGUGCCCGACCGGGACCUAUGCCCAGGUCGACGCGUCGGCCGCCGGCCAGUGCCGGGCCUGCGCCCCCGAAUGCGCCACCUGCCACGGGCCCGGGUCCGAUGCCUGCCUUACCUGCAGCCCGGGCCUGGCAUGGGUGGCGGACCCGGGCCAUCCGCAGCCCGGCUCGGGCACUUGCGAGGACCCCCGCUGCCCGGCCGGGCAAUACCACGCCCAGGACCCCGGCAACCCUGCGGUCGAUGUCUGCCUGCCCUGCGACCCGGCCUGUGCCGUGUGCGGCGGCCCGCUGGACUCCCAGUGCUGGAUGUGUGCCGACUCGGCGCGCUUCAUCGAGCAUGGCCUCUGCCAGGCCGAGUGCUCGCCGGGCUUCGUCCCGGUGGCCGGCCGGUGCCUGCCCUGCCACGAGUCGUGUGCCACCUGCACCGGCACCCGGUUCACCGAUUGCCAGGCAUGCCCGUCGGACCUGCUGCUCUUCCCGACCCCGGGCGGUGGCCAGCAGUGCCUGGCCAGCUGCCCGGCCGGCUUCAUGGUCGCCGGCGGGGCGUGUGUCCCCUGCCAGGCCGGCGGCUGUGUCCGGUGCCCGGCCGCCCCGCAAGUGUGCACCCACUGCGAGCGCCACCUCUUCCUCCAUGCCUCGAGCUCCGGCGGCCAGGACACCUGCCUGCCGGCAUGUCCCCCGGGAAGCGUGGCCGUCGGCGCCCAGUGCCUGCCCUGCUGGCCGGGAUGCGCCUCCUGCUCCGGGCCCGGCAGCCAGCAGUGCCUCUCCUGCCAGCCCGGCCAGGGGCUGGUCCUGCACCAGUGGCAGUGCCUGGCCGCCUGCCCGAGUGGCACCUUCGCCCCGGCCGGCCAGGCCGUCUGCCUGCCAUGCCAUGCCACGUGUGCCCGGUGCACCGACGGCUCGGGGGUCGGCUGCUCCGCCUGCCCGGCCGGGGCCAUCCUCUGGCAGGGCCGCUGCCUCGGCCAGUGCCCCAUCAGCACCUUCCCCCAGCCGGCGGCCGCCUCCUGCCAGCAGUGCCAUUCGGACUGCCUCGAUUGCGCCGGGGCCCCGGCCGACCAGUGCACCGCCUGUCCGCUGGGGCUGUCCCGGCAGGCGCCCACCGGGCCCACCGCCUGCCUGGCCGACUGCCCCGAGGGGCAGGCCGCCUGCCCGGCCACCGGCAUGUGUGUCCCCUGCCCGGCUGGCUGCCAGCAGUGCCUGGUGCCGGACUUCGAUGGCACAUGCGCCGGGCCGGUCUGCCUGGCAUGCGCCCCGGGGCACUUCCGCACCACCGACGGCCGGUGCGUGGCCGGCGCCUGCCCGGCCGGGGAAUUCCCCCUGGCCGAUGGGGUCACCUGUGCCUGGUGCCAUGCGCCCUGCGCCCGGUGCCACGGGUCGGCGGACUUCUGCACGGCCUGCGCCCGCGGCACCGACUGGCUCCUGCCGCAGGAGGGCCGGUGCCUGCCCAGCGGCUGCCCCGGGGCCGGCUUCGCCCGGGCCCCGGGGCCCGGCAGCCCGCCCGAGCGCCUGUGCCUCGCAUGCACCGUGGCCGACUGCGACACAUGCCAGGAGGCCCUGGAUGCGGCCGGCCCGGCACCGGGCGGGGCCCCCCUGCCGGACAUCUGCCCCCAUGCCGGGGCCCCGCUGCCGGCCGGCCCGCGCCAAUGCCCCCCCAUCGGCCGGUGCAAUCGCUGCAUGGCCGGGCUCUUCCUGCUGCCGGUCGACCAGCACACCGACGCCUGUGUGGCCGCCUGCCCGGCGGGCCAUUACGAAGUCCACGGCCCGUCGGCCUGGCACUGUGCCCCCUGUGCCCCGGGGUGCUCUUCGUGCGACGGCCCGCUGCCCGAGCACUGCACCCGGCCGCACGGGGUCUCCCCCCGCGCGGCCCUCGGCAUGGGGCUCGGCAUUGGCCUGCUGCUGCUGGUCCUCCUGGGGGUCCUGGGCCUGGCGCUGGUGUACUUCCUGCGUGGGCGCCGGCGCCACUACAAAACCAUGCCCAACGAGUUCGAGCUCGAUGACCAGGACGCCACCGUGCUGAACACCGCCAUGGAGCUGUCCCUCCCCGGGGCGGCCCUCGUGUCGCUGGAGGACGACUUCCUGCCGGAGGCCGGCGGCACCCUCGGCGCCGGCACCCAGGCCAGUGUCUUCAGCGCGCGGGUCGUCGGCCCGGGCCUGUGCGAACGCCUCAAGUGCCCGGAUCGCGUGGCCAUCAAGCGCUUCAAAGAGGAGGACAUGCGCGUCCGGUCCAAGCAGUUCCUCUUCCAGCAUGAGAUCGCCCUCCUGUGGCUCCUGCGCGGCCAGCCCAACGUCAUCCAAAUGUACGGGUAUUCCGACUCGCCGCCGACCAUCAUCCUCGAGCUGUUCGACACGCCGCUCGACGACCUGCUGGCCUCGGAGGUGCCCCUGUCGCUGGGGGAAACGCUCGGCAUCGCCCAGGGCUUCGCCCGCGGCCUGACCGCCAUGCACGAGGCCCGCAUUGCCCACUGCGACAUCAAGCCGGCCAAUGUGCUGGUGCGCCGGGUGGCCGGGGCCUGCUGGUACGCGGCCAUCGCCGACCUCGGCGGAUCCAAGAGCGUCUCGCCCGACCGGCAGAACGCCCUGACCGUGGCCCCGGUCCGGCUGAAUGCCCUCUCGGCGGCCUUCGCCUCGCCCGAGUGCCUGCAGGCCCUCUUCGCGCGCAAGGCCCUGGCCCCGGAGCUGUCCCUGGCGUCGGACAUCUACUCCAGCGCCAUCCUCCUGUGGGGGCUCUUCUCGCGGAUCCCCCCCGGCCGCGUCUACCGCGGCCUCGGCAUCGAGGACCUGGCCACGAAGGUCCUGGCCGGCGGCCGGCCCCCGGUGGAGGAGGCCCUCGCCCGCUGGCCGGCCUCGGUGGCCUGCCCCCUGGAGACCCUGCUGCAGGACACCUGGCAGGAGGACUUCGAGCGGCGGCCGACGGCGCCCCAGCUGCAGGCCCGCCUGGCCGAGCUGGCCGCCGCCGCCGCCGCCCCUGCCCCCUCCGAUGCCGGGACGCCUGUGUAAGAUGGCAUGCCCCGGCGUGCUUCGCAGGGCAGCACGGGGCGGCGCCGGCGCACCAAGUCCAGCGGCCGGCAGACUCCCUGCCCUCUCUCGCCGAGCCCCAUGCCUUCCCCCUUUCCUGGGCUCCUCCCUCCGCGGCCGCGGGGGGAGGGG